UCUGGCAUCAUUAACAAACAUUCCAUUUGUACACAAACCACAGAAAUUUAUUUUGUCCAAGUUUUUAUUGUUUUUUUUUAUAAAAGUUAUUAGUUUUUUUAAUAUGGAACUAUCACCCAAUGGUGAACCGGUUGAUAAAAAACCUAUUUUAACUGCAGAUGGUCUAAUACAAACUUCCACACAGUCAGCAAACACUGCAAAUAGUUCACCCAACACCACUUUGACAGCUUCCAAUCUUGACAUCGAAAUCUUACCUGUCAUUUACGAUAUUAUACGCUGUGUGGAAAAGGAUCCUAAAGAUAAUACGGCCAAACAGAGGGAAUCUCAGGAGUGUAGUCAGAAGAUCUUGGAACUACAAAAACGUUUUGAAUCCGCCCGAGCACAGAUACGUCUAUUGCCCGGCAUUGAUUACAACAAAGAAGAACAAUUGCAAAAAUUGGAAUUGUUAAAAAAUCAAUUGAAAUUAAAGCAACAACUUAUACGCAAAUACAAAGAUAUACAAUUUUAAGUUUAAAAAUCAUAAAUCCUAAAUACUAACUUUAAGUUAUUUCCCUUAAACUAUGGUUCUGCGUAUAUUGAUGCGUUAUUUGGCGAAUAAUGAACAGCUAAUAAAUCGUAUGGCCGAAAGUUAUCCUAUGCGUAGAGCUGCACAAAUUGUUGUAUCUAUAAUGUAUCGUGCUAAACAUGUGGCCGAGGAUAAGGGCUUACAUGAAAUGACACCGGAACGUUUUAAGUCAUUUAUGAAUGUUUUUAAAAGUAAUAUUAAACAAGAAAUCGAGGGAGUUAAGGAGGAGUUAAAGAAAAAGAAAUUUUAGUUUAUUUUUUGUAGUUUGUAGUGUUAUUUGCAAGAGAAAUUAUGAAAUGUAAAGACUUUAGAAAUAAAUAAUAAAUCUAUUUAUUUUAAGUAAAAUGUGAAA